AUGCCGUCGGAAUUGCUCGACCGUGUUGAGAAAUGGGCAAUUGAGACACCUAAUAAGACAAUGCUGUCAUUUGUAGACGAUCGAGGCUAUGUGACAUCAUCUCUCACUUGCUUGGAGCUUCAGAUACGUGUACAACAUCUAGCCUCGUGUCUUGUGGCUUCACUAAGUCAUCAAAGUAAAGGAUUAGGAUUAGAGUUGGGCGAUCGAGUAGUGCUCGUCUAUCCUCCAGGAUUAGACUUUAUUGUAGCGUUCUUAGCAUGUUUGAAAGCUGGAGUUGUUGCGGUGCCCGUGUAUCCACCAGAUCUUCGCAAGAUGAAAAAAGACAUUAACAUGUUUGUGGCAGUGACGCAGAAUUGCCAGGCUAAGGUGGCACUCACGUGUUCAAUGUACUACAAUGCAAAGAAAAUGAUGGCUAUUAAGGAGAAGUUCUUGUUCUUGGGUGCUGUGCAGUGGCCAGAGCAUUUGUCGUGGGUCGUGACCGAUGAUUCGGUAUAUACGACUAAGGGAGUCGACGCAGCCACACACUGGCUUACUCAGUCGCCUUCUAAAGACAACACGGCAUUCUUACAGUACACUUCGGGAUCUACGUCUGCUCCAAAAGGCGUGGUGCUAUCACAUGGGAAUUUGAAUCACAACCUGCGUACUAUCAGCUCAGCACUUCAUGCUGGACGCGAUACAGUAGUGGUAUCGUGGUUGCCGCAGUAUCACGACAUGGGACUCAUUGGUGCCUAUCUAGGCACCAUUUUCAAUGGCGGAACGGGUGUGUACAUGUCUCCUUUCAGCUUCAUUCGCGACCCGUGUCUGUGGCUUCGACUAGUUUCGAAGCAUCGCGCUACACACUUGCAGGCUCCCAACUUUGCCUACUCGCUUCUCGCAAGAAAGUGCGAUCGAUUGACUGCUGGGAUGGAUAAUUGGGAGCGUGUCGAUCUCUCAAGCGUGCGACAUAUGAUAAAUGGGGCUGAACCUGUCCAAGGCGACGCCAUUGACAGCUUCUACCGUGCGUUUUUGCCUUUUGGUCUAGCAAAUGACGUUGUGAAACCUACGUAUGGGCUUGCAGAGCACACGGUGUACGUUUGUGGAGGCGGAAAGCAACGACUGUGGGUUGACAAGCAUGCAUUGGAGAGUAAUCGCGUCUUUAGAGUAGUGGAGAAUAAAAAUGCAGAUGAAAUAGCAAAGGAAAUGGUUGGGUGUGGUGUGCCAUCGAGGAAGGACUAUGGUAUUGAUGUUCGAAUUGUUGACGCCGAAACAGGGGAGGAGAAACCGGAUGGUGAGAUUGGCGAGAUUUGGAUCUCAAGCUCUUCAAAAGCACAAGGCUAUUACGGUGACGAAAUGAGCGAAAUCUCGGCCGAAGCGUUCCAGGCGAAGCUAGCGGGUAACACUGUAGACAGUUUGUUUCUUAAGACGGGCGAUAUGGGUGUGAUUUACGACCAAGAACUGUUUAUUUGUGGUCGUAUGAAGGACCUGAUUAUUAUUCGAGGUCGGAACCAUUACCCUCAGGACAUAGAGGCUACGGCUGAAUCUCAUGAAGAACUUCGGCCAGGUUGCAGCGCUGCAUUCUCCUAUGUGGCUGGUGCAAAAGAUGAUGAGGAAAAGCUGGCAGUGAUGGCGGAGCUUCGUGAUCCUGCAAUGACCAGCAAAGCGAGUCUAUGUGUAAGAAUCCGUAGCGCGAUUGCACGUGAGCACGGCGUCAAGGUGACCUUGGUUAUAUUGCUAGCUCCUCGUACAAUUCCAAAGACGACAAGUGGUAAGAUCUCGCGAUCGCGGUGCAGGAAGGCUUUUGAAGAAAAGAAGUUGGAGGAGCUGUAUCGUAAUGAGGAUAUGAUUGCCGAUGUUUCAGCGGAGGAUGACAGAGAGGAUGAAGCUGUGGCUGGCGAGUGCAUGGACCGAAACGCCGUCGGUCCUCGCGUUGCUGUCGUUGAUUGUGGUGCAGCGAAGUCAAAUUUGCCAUCGGUGAUUACUGGUGUGUCGCCCGAGCAAGUGCACACAUUUUUGGUGAAUGAGCUCGCUCGUUCCCUAGGUGUGGAGGCCGCACAAAUUAGCGAUAAUACGCCACUGCAAGAGUUAGGUCUGGACUCCAUGGCAUUGACGCAGCUGCAAGGCAUGAUUGCGCAAAAGUAUCAGGUGCAUGUCAACGACGAAUUGCUAUACAGUGAAUCUACGACGCUAGCAAGCUUGCACUCAGGUCUGUGUGGUGGUGGUAGCACAUCUGGUAACAGGACUAGACCAAGUUCACCCGAUGUUUCGAAGCAAAAGCUAUUUUGUGGAUGUAUUGCAUGCUAA